CACAGACUGGGGGACUAACAUCACAGACUGGGGGACUAACAUCACAACAGUGAAUGGAAGAAACCACACUGAAAUUCCACUUUGUGCCAUCAUAUUCUGUACCAUGACUUUUCUUUCCCUCAUCAUUGCCCUGGUUGGGCUGAUUGGAAAUGCCAUAGUGCUGUGGCUUCUGGGCUUCCACAUGCAAAGGAAUGGCUUCUCUGUAUACAUCCUCAACUUGGCUGGAGCUGACUUCCUUUUCCUCUGCUUUCAAAUCGUACAGUGCCUUCAUAUUAUCUUGGACACACUCUACUCCAAGACCAUUGACAUUCCUCUCUUUUCUUUUGUUGUAUUAAACGUUGCUUAUCUUUGUGGCCUGAGCAUGCUCAGUGCCAUAAGCAUUGAACGAAGUCUGUCUGUCAGGUGCCCCAUCUGGUAUCGCAGCCAACGCCCAAGGCACACAUCAGCUGUCAUAUGUACCCUGCUUUGGUUUUUGUCACUGCUGCUAAGCAUCCUGGAAGGGGAAGAAUGUGGCUUCCUAUUUGAUAGUCUUGGCCAUGGUUGGUGUCAGACGUUUGAUUUCAUUACUGCUGCAUGGUUAGUUGUUUUAUUUGUGGCUCUUUUAGGGUCCAGUCUGAUCUUAAUGGUUACCAUCUUUUGUGGCACACACAGGAUCCCUGUGACCAGCCUGUAUGUAACCAUUGGGUGCACAGUGUUGGUCUUUCUGCUCUUUGGUUUGCCCUAUGGAAUCUACCAGUUUCUCUUAGAAUGGAUCGAAAAUUUUAAUUAUGUUGUGAUUUGUGAUUUUUAUUCAGUGACAAUAUUUCUGUCAUGUGUUAACAGCUGUGCCAAUCCUAUAAUUUAUUUCCUCGUUGGCUCCAUUAGGCAUCAUAGGUUCCAGUGCAGGAGUCUCAAGCUACUUCUGCAGAGAGCCAUGCAGGACACUUCUGAAGAGGAAGAAUGUGAAGAAGGGGUUUCUUCAGAAAGAUCUAGAGACAAAAACAGUCUGGCAGCGACUGAGAUCUGUUUUAAUCAGGCAGAAGUAGCUUUGAAAAUGGCUUUGUGCUUAUUAGUUUGUGACAUUUUCAUCAUAUUGUUUAGUUGACAAACCAAGUUUAAAUCAAUUGAGAAAGUAGUCAAUCUU